CCGGACGUCCCCCGCAUGCGCACUCUCCUCUCGGCCAGGCUGCUUGGCCCGGAAGACCGGCGGAUUCAGAAGGACGCAGGGCGGGAGUCACAGCGCAUGCGCGCUCUUCGCUCGGCUCUGCUGCGUCGCCUGGACUGGGGCGCAUGCGCGCGCAUGCGCGACGGGCCGAGGGCGCGCGUUGCCAGGUGUCGGGGCGGGUGGCGGCGGGCGAUGGGACGGCCGGCGCUUCUGCUGCUUGCGCUGUGCGCAGCCGGCGCCCGGGGACUCUACUUCCACAUCGGCGAGACCGAGAAGCGGUGCUUCAUCGAGGAGAUCCCCGACGAGACCAUGGUCAUCGGGAACUACCGCACCCAGAUGUGGGACAAGCAGAAGGAGGUCUUCCUGCCUUCGACCCCCGGCCUGGGCAUGCAUGUGGAGGUGAAGGACCCGGAAGGCAAGGUGGUGCUGUCCCGGCAGUACGGCUCCGACGGCCGCUUCACCUUCACCUCCCACACGCCCGGUGACCAUCAGAUCUGCCUGCACUCCAACUCCACCAGGAUGGCUCUCUUUGCUGGCGGCAGACUGCGCGUGCACCUGGACAUCCAGGUUGGGGAGCAUGCCAACAACUACCCCGAGAUUGCUGCCAAGGACAAACUGACCGAGCUCCAGCUCCGAGCCCGCCAGCUGCUUGAUCAGGUGGAACAG